AUGGCCAAGCCUGAAACAACAGUGCCUCCAAAGAUAAGAGAUAGCACACGAUUGUAUCCUUAUUUUAAGUCAAGAUUCCUCAUCUUCAAAUCUGCUCCACCAUUUCCGUAUAAAACACAAGCAGAGUUAGUUCUUGCAUGUGUUGUUUUACAUAAUUAUCUUCGUAAAGAAUGUCGUUCAGACGUGUUUCCUGAAGAAGUUGUUGUCGCUGAUGAUAAUGAAAGUGAUGUUCAAGAAAUAGGUGAAGAUGAGAACAUGGAUGAUGAUGUUCAAAAUGGCACUCAAGAACAACAAAGAGUGAAUGCUAAUAAUUCGAGAGCAAAUAUAGCAGCAACCAUGUGGACAGAUGCUAUGCAUAUGGGAUCUUGA